AUGCCUUUUCCAGACUGUACCAACACCUCUCAUCUACCGCUGUCAUUUCCAGAUGUAGAUAUUGAACUACAGCAACCGGAAUCUACUUUGCAAGAAUCACAACAAACAGUAGUUCCAUCACCCACUUUUCGAGCAAUACAUAAAAACAGCCUUCGUUGCCGUCCGUUAAUAUUCUUCUCUACUCGACAUUACAGCUUAUUACUGUUAACUGUUUGCUGUGUCAGUACAGUCACAUGUUUCCAGCAAAAAAUUCCUGGUUGUUAUGAUAUUGAGCAGAUAGAUGAACUGAUUAACCUUAAUAAUGCCUCCAUACAUAAUUUAUUGUUUUGCUUCUGUAAAGUAAAUCCAGAACUUCAUGUAGCUAUUAAUUGUUUAUACGGUUCCACGCUUGAUGAUCUCCGCAAAACUAUCUCUUUGAUCAACGAUGUUAAUGCCACUGUCGAAGAGAUUACUCUCCGUCAUAUGGAUUUCACCGAUUAUAAUAUAUCGGAUGGUUUCUUCAACGAGAAGGGUGUUUUACUAAAACGACUCCAUAUUGGUCCGUGCACUCAAGAAUCGCCAUUGCACGUUGCCGAUCAUGCAUUUGAUGGCACUGAAGAAACUCUUGAAGAAGUUGUGCUAAAUGGAUGCAAUAUUGAGGAAUUCCCAAAAGCAAUCAGUAAAUUGAGAAACCUUCAAAAUCUGUCACUGGCACACAACCGACUGAUGGCAAUAGAUAAAAAAUCCGUUAAUGAAUUUAGUAAACUUAAAAGACUGAAUUUGGAAGGAAAUUUCAUCGGGACGUUAGAAGAAGGGAUUUUUGACCCAUUUGCCAACAGUUUAGAAGAAAUUUCUUUUGGGGAACACAACUUUAUUAACGAAACUUUUUUCAAGGAAAUAACUAAACUCAAAAAUCUAAAGAUUUUGGACCUAACAAAGGCAGAUGGUAUUACUACGAUCCCAAAUGGAACGUUUGACGGACUCGCGCAGCUUGAGAAACUUGCCCUAACCGGUUGCAGUUUGUCUGAAUUAGAAAAAGAUAUUUUUAAAGGACUUGAAAAUUUAAAAGAGCUUGACUUACGAGUAAAUCUGAUUCGACAAAUUCAUUGUGACAGUUUUGAAAGUUUACCAAAACUUCAACGCCUAUCACUGGCUGGGAAUUUCCUUAAUAGAACAGAAGAGUGCGUCUGGAAUGGUCUUCGACAGCUCAAAGAACUUGAUUUAGGGUGGAAUGAAUUCCGUACUGUCGAAAAUUCGUUUUCUAAUAUUGCAUCUACCCUAGAACUACUCGAUUUCCGACACAAUAUUAAUCUAAACAUGAUAGAUGUCGAAGCAUUCAACAAUUUAAUUUCACUGAAAGUUUUGAAUCUCAGUGACACUUCCAUUGCAACUGUUGACCAUUCCACUUUUGCUCCGCUAAAAUCGCUCGAAGCAUUAGAUCUUACUAACUCGUUAAUCGAAUCUAUUGAACCCCGGUCUUUCCAAAUGCAAGCCAAUUCAUUAAGCAAAUUAUUCCUUAAAAACACUCAUCUAAAACAAAUUUCUGGUGAUGUGUUCAAGCACCUUGAAAACCUUAAAAUACUAGACCUCUCGGGCAACAAAUGGAUUUGCGAUAAGGAAAUAGAAUCAGUUGUCAGCGUAAUAAAGAGCAAAUAUGAAGCAGCGGUUCGCAAAGGGCAAGAAUUUAUUCUGGAAAAUGCAAACAAUACUAUUUGCGACAGACCGUAUGUACUGCGGGGAGAGCCGGUUACUUCCCUUAAUACUAGCAUACUAACAAGUUAUAACGCUGAACUUGAUACAACGACUAAACCCUCUACCACGACUACAACGUCAGAAGCUGUAUUGGAAGAAAAAUCAACUACUCCACUAAUACAACUGAUGGAAGAAAGUGUGAUAGGAGCAGAGAAUGACACCAAUGCGAAAGGACAUGAACAGACAGAAACUCGACAGCCACCCGAGUUUAAGAAAGAGGACCGACAAGAAAAAGAUAUUGUUAUGCAACAGGAGUGA